AUGAACACAACCUACCCCACUAAGGCUACUGCCGACCAUGAAUUACCUGCUCCUACCGAGAUCGAGUCCAACUGGGACGAGGUCAUCGACAACUUUGACCACAUGAACCUGUCACCUGAACUCCUUCGCGGAAUCUACGCCUACGGAUAUGAACGCCCAUCGGCGAUCCAGCAGCGAGCAAUCCUCCCUGUGUUGAAGGGACACGACAUGAUUGCUCAAGCACAAUCGGGAACCGGCAAGACCGCUACCUUCUCGAUUUCGAUCCUCCAAAUGAUCGACAUCUCCAACCCUCAAUGCCAGGCUCUCAUCCUCGCCCCUACUCGCGAACUGGCCCAACAGACCCAGAAGGUCGUCUUGGCCCUGGGCGACUUUUUGAAGGUCGAUUGCCAUGUCUGCAUUGGCGGGACCAACGCCCGAGAGGAUAUGAACCGUGUCUCGAAGGGGACUCAUGUUGUUGUUGGAACUCCCGGUCGAGUCCUUCACCUCCUCAAGGCCGGGGCGCUCAAGACGGAUUCCUUGCGCCUCUUUGUGCUCGACGAGGCGGACGAGAUGCUCUCCAAGGGGUUCCAGAACGAGAUCCGAGAGAUCUUUCAGUUCCUCCCCCCCAAAACCCAGGUUGCUCUUCUCUCCGCAACCAUGCCCGACGAUGUGAUGGAAGUCACGAGCCAGUUUAUGAAGGAUCCGGUCCGGAUUCUGGUCAAGAAGGACGAAGUCACUCUGGAGGGCAUCAAGCAGUUCUAUGUGAACGUUCAGCGGGAGGACUGGAAACUUGAUACGUUGUGCGACCUGUACGAGACCUUGACUGUCACCCAGGCGGUCAUCUUUUGUAACAACCGUCGCAAGGUCGACUGGCUGACGGAGAAACUUCAGGAAAGAGAUUUCACCGUUUCGUCGAUGCACGGAGAGAUGGAACAGGGGAAGCGUGAGGUCAUCAUGCAAGAGUUCCGAUCUGGUUCUUCUCGCGUCUUGAUUGCGACCGAUCUCUUGGCUCGAGGAAUCGAUGUCCAGCAUGUCUCAUUGGUCAUCAACUAUGACCUCCCCAACGACAAGGAGAACUAUAUCCAUCGCAUCGGUCGUGGUGGUCGUUUUGGACGCAAGGGAGUGUCGAUCAACUUUGUCACGAAUGAUGAUACACCUAUGAUGAGGGAGAUUGAGCAGUUCUACUCGACUCAGAUCCUUGAAAUGCCCAUGAACGUCGCCGAUCUCCUCUAG